GGCAUUGUCGUACACAUAUGUCUCUCUAGUUUCAAUAUCCCUCCCAUAUUAAGAUUCAUUUAAGGAAAAUGUAUACAGAUUUUUUAAUUCCUUAAAUAUUCUUAAAAAAUAAGCUUAAAGUGUGUCAUUUCUUUGCCACUAUCCACAACUCGGGGCACUCAAACAAAUAUAUUGUAAUUUUUUUGUUGUUGACGCUAAUGGUGUACAAAUAACACUUCACAUUUUACCUGAAAAGAAGUUUUUAAAGGCAACAGACAAAUAUAAACAGCCACAUGCAAUUUAAAUGUUUAUGUCUGUAAGAAAUACACAGUAAUAAUAGUAUAAUAUCUAUUAUGAAUCACUUUCAGGCACUGAGACUGUCAGCUUUAAACAUAUAUGUUUGAAAAGAGGUUUAAAGCUGGGUGCUUGUUCUCUCUAACAAAUAAAUCAGAAAUCAUCAUUAACAUCUCACUUGUUCUUGCAGUCUCACUUCUCUGUAUGUCUUGGACCUGGGCAGGGGUGUGCAAGUCUGUUUUUAGGAAAGACCGGGUGUAGACGCUUGAGUAAAUCUUUGACAUGGGGGAAUCCACCACUAAUAUGGUCACUGUCUGACUCUGACUGUGUUUGCAGGAUACUGGAAUGUAGGAAUAUAACUGGAUGGGGAAAGCAUUUAUUUUCACAUUGUACUCAAUAGAAGAGAGACGUGCAUGUAGAGUGAAUAUAUGGGUAUUUCCAUGGUCAUUAAAUGGGACAGGUUUGCAGAAAGCCAAUAGCCAGGUCUGUCUGGACUUCAUAAGCUCCAGGUAAUAACUUCUUAACUUUAUUCACAGCAGACUGUGACUGUCCUUCCUCCAUAGACCAGUUUGCUCCACAGGAGAUGGACUUUCUAUUCUGCCCGUACAGUUUACCAUGCAGCAUACAUAAUCCAAACUAUCCCAAAUGAGCCCAUUCACUGUUUGGUUAUAUUGUAAAAUAUUAAAUCAUGCAUGUUAUGGAAGUUAUCUAAAUAUUUUUAAUGUCACUUGAAGGCAUUUUUUGUUUAUGUUGUCAAUAUUAAAUUUGAACUUGACAAAAACUUCUCAGAGUUGACAAGCACUUUUUAUCGGUUAGAUAUUUGUAAAACCAAGUGACAAACAUGAAGGGUGACUAUUAAUAAUGAGUUAUGGCAAAAAAUUAAAAUCACGAAAUAUGGAGAUACGAGGUUUCAGAAAGACAGCAGUGAUAUGCUUGUUUAAAUGACUAAGGCUGGUUCAUACUGACUUGACAAAAGCCAACAAACACCAACAUUCUAAUUUGCCAGUUGAAUUUCCAAUGUUGGGAAUCAAAACUGUCAUGUUUACACUGUGCCAACAAAUGACAAUGAACUUAUACACUGUGACACAGGGCUCUCCUGAUUUUACCAAGUGGUAUAUGUUCUUAGGGCAACAUCAUGUGGGACAACAUUUAAAUCAACCAAUCAGAUUUCAGAAAUAAGUUUACAGUUUAUUUUAAGUUUAAUCUUACAACCAGACGUUAAACCGAGGUCCUGACUCCCUGUGGUCAUUAAAGAUCCCAUGGCACUUCUCGUAAAGAGUAGAGGUGUAACCCCGGUGUCCUGGCCAGAUUCCCUCCACUGGCCCUUGUCAAUCAUGGCCUACUAAUAAUUCCCACCAUCUGAAUUGGCUCUGUAUCUCUCACCUCUCCACCUAUAGCUGGUGUGUGGUGAGCGCACUGGCGCCGUUGUGAUGUGGCUGCCGUGGGCAUCAUCCAGGUGGAUGCUGCACACUGCUGGUGGUUGAGGAGAGCCCCCCUCGUAUGAUUGUAAAGGGCUUUGGAGGUGCAGCAAUACACAACAAAGCGCUAUAUCAAUGCCUUAUUCAAUCAUUCAUUCAUUCAGUAUAUUAAACAUGUUGGACACUUGUAAUUGUUUUCAAUUUGACACCUAGAACUUCCCAACCAACGGCAACAAAUGCCAACAUGUGUACCACACUGAUUCGACAAAGCCUGCAAAAAGCGCUUGUCAGAUUAUUGUGAACUACAGUAGCCUUUAAGGGCUUACAAAUAUAUCUUUAUGGCUCAAACGGAACGUCUGAGGAUGAAGUUAUUAAAAGCUAAAAGAAAUCUUGUAAACCUGUAGAUGUUUUUUUCUGACUCAUUGCAAACAGGAGCUCGUGCUGUGACUCAUACUGUUUUUACUGCCGUAAAUCACGGCACUUUCACUGUGUGAGGUGGAGGCCUAUCUCAAGGAUUGUGCCAUGUGUGUGCAGGGCAAGCAGACUGAUGUGCACCUUUGACCUCAACUGGUUAUUGGAUCAGCCGACAGAUAGAUACAACAAGUGACUUAGGAGCUCUGUUUAGAGUUAUCUGUAACUGUGUGGACGCGGUGAAAGAGGAUUCACUUUGUUUAGAUGACUCAUUGUGCACAUGUUCAAAAAGAUGAUUCGCUUUGUACAGGUUGUCUUAGAGUAACAAUGUUUGUUAUGGUGAUGCUAUUGUCCAAAAUACAGAAUGACGAGCUCCCAAACUGAUUUUGAUAAUUCUAUCUGAACACCUUCCAAAUUUAUCAAAGACACCUCAUUGCAUGAGUUUUCUCCCACCUCUGUUUCUAGUUUAAUAGCGCUUUGAUCGCUGCCGAAUUGGCAUAUGCUUUUCCUCUAACAUUGACCUGUUAACAUACCUGACCGCUUAGAAUGUGCACGAUGUUUCUGGAACUGGCUGUCCUCUUCAGGCUUGAUAGAGCAUGAGGAAAGGAGGUGGAAGAAUGGGAUGUGGAGAAAGUGUAAGGGCAGGUGCUUGUUCAGGGGAUGCCCAAUGGCACAGCGGAGGGCAGGGCUGGUCGGAGGAAAGACACGGCAUCCAGAGAAUAUUUAAAGCACUGGACAUAUUGGCCAGUGGUGCUACUUGCAUCAAAGACCAUUUGAAGCCCUGCUUGCAUUUCUGUCUGUUCGUGAACCUGUCUGUCUACAGUAUCUGCCAUCAUGUUGGCACGAGCCCUCCUGCAGACCUCGCUGGUGCUGUGGUUAGUACAGAACACCAUACAAGGAGGAGUUAGACCACAGACUGGAGCCUUGGGAAGGUUGGCGCAAAGUCGAGCGGCUGGUAUUCUUGGAGCCCGUGCAUAUGGGGUGGGCAAGCCAGGAAAGACCGCUGCUGGCCGUUAUCUUGGAGUGGGAUCUUAUAGACCCACUGGGAUUACAGGAGGACUGAAACAAGGAUAUGGAGCACUCGGUUAUGGAGCAGGCAACUUUGGAACUGGUCUUGGAGCAAGCCAUGCGGGAGCAGGACUGGGAUUUGGAAGAGGGUUUGGCCUGGGUAAUGGGCUGGGAGCUGCAUUGGGUUAUCCAGGUGGAAGAGGAUAUACCGGUAAUGGCUAUGGAGCCCCACUAGGUUACGGUGUAGGAGGAUACCCUGGCGCUGGACGCGGAUAUGGUGUACCAGCUGGAACGCCCACAGGGCAAAGGUCAAAACCGCCAAAACUGGUUGGUGUGUCUAAAUUUACUGGUGUUGGUCCCAGAGUAGGUCAAUCCAUGUCACAGACAGAAAGGGGCAAUGGGUACGGCCUUGGUGCAGCUGGCUAUCUUGGAACUGGUCUUCCUGAUGGAUAUGGAGCAGCAGGUCUUGGGGCAGGUGGAUAUCCACAGGGAGUGCGAGGAGGAAAGCAGAUUGGCUACGGUAAUGGAUUUGGCAGUGAAAUUUAUGGUGCUGCAGAUGGAUACGGGGCAGGUCUUGGAGCCGCCGGUCUCGGACAUGCUGGCCUUGGAGCCGCCGGUCUCGGACAUGCUGGCCUUGGAGCUGCUGGUCUUGGUGCUGCGGGCCUUGGAGGUCCAGGUCUGUUGGCAAACGCUGGUCUGGGUGUUGAUGCCAAGUCUAGAAAGUAUGGGGCAGGUGAGGUACUUGGGGCUGCGGGAUCUUUGCCCUAUGGAGGCCAGCCUGUGGUUUCAGCUGGGCUUGGGCCUCAAGGCAAGACUGGUAACUAUGGUGGAACUACAUUCGGAGAAAUUCCAACCCUCGGGCCUGACACUGGCCUGGGUGGGGCAGGUGCAGGAGCACUGGAUCCUUUAGUAGCUGGAGGUGGUGUAGGUCAGCUUCCUUACAGCGCACCGGUCAUUGCAGCUGGGCUUGAUGGUGAUGCUGGCUACCCCUAUGGUGCUGAACAACUCAGUUUGGGUGCUGAUAUUGCAAAGACGGCCGCCAAAUUUGGAGGUGCUGGAGGUUAUGGAGCUGCGCUAAGUACCGGAAGCCAGGGUGCCUAUGCUGGACAGAAGGAUGGAAGCAAGUCAACCCUUAGUGGUGUUUAUGGGAAUGGGUACAGAGGUAGAUGAAACAGUUGAUUCCUGAGGCCAGACUGUUAUCCUCUGCAGUGUUUUUUGGCCCUUUUUCACUAGUGCUCCUCACCAUUGUGACAUAGUGUUGUAAGGCAUGUUAUUUUAGCUUU